AUGAACAACUAUGGCGAUGACGAAAUCAUGGAAGAGAUUCAAGACAGAAUAAAUGUUAUAAAAGCUAACAUUGAAACUAUUGAAGGAAAUCUAGAAGAUGACUCUUCGGCUAACAUUAUGAGCCUCAACAUUGAAGUGUACAUCAAGAAUAAGAAAUAAAAUGAUGACUCUUAUUAACCAGAAUCUUAAGAAGACCGGUGAUUCUUCUGAAUCUCCUGAGGAGAGAGCUAAGAACAAGGCUAUAUCUGAGUUCAAGGAAGAAGCCACUCGAAUCUGUAAUACUUUCGAAACUAAAACCGACCUUGAGGCACUUAAAGAAAAAGUCAAAGAAUCCCAAGAGAUCGAUCCUACAGGGCUUGGGUUUGCUAAAACUGAAGACAUAGAGAAAAUGAUGGGUGACUUCAGAGAAGCUGCCUUAGUCAUUAAUCAUGAGAACAGAAAGCAGAAAGCUGCAGAUGGAAGUAGAGAGGAAUACAAGAGCGGAGAGAAGUUCAGCUCAAGCAAGAAGAAUAAGGAAAAAGGCAUGCCCAAAUCUUUGAGAAUGAUCGAUCUUGAAAGCGAGAAGUACCAGCAACAACAGAGGAAUAAGAUUGAAGCUGUUCCUAUAAAAGAACGUGAGCCUUCUGAAGACUUGGAGAACAAAACCUGUGGUAAAUGAGUAAUCUUUUAGGUUGUCAAGUAUGAAU